AUGAAGGGGGAUCUUCCCCCGCGCCCAGCGACAUCCCGUCUGGCCGAUCCUGACCCCUCGCUGCGGUACAUUCCCAUCGGAGUAAGGAGGCAGGAUCGAGCCCUGGCUGGAUUAGCACCAGAAUCAAUUGGUAUUGAGUUGCUGGAGAAGUCACAUUGCUGCUCUCCCCAACGGGCCGGAGUAGCUGCGGGUUAUGAAACGGGACAAAUAAAAGAGGAGUGCUGCAAGACCGGCCGCCUGACGACUUCGUGGACGGAGGAGGACGUCAACGACAACACGCUUUUUAAGUGGAUGAUAUUUAAUGGGGGAGCUCCAAACUGCAUCCCGUGCAAAGAAACAUGCGAGAAUGUGGACUGUGGACCCGGGAAGAAAUGUAAAAUGAACAAGAAGAACAAACCUCGGUGUGUUUGUGCUCCGGAUUGCUCUAAUAUCACUUGGAAGGGUCCCGUGUGUGGCUUAGAUGGGAAAACCUACAGGAACGAGUGUGCCCUUCUCAAAGCCAGAUGUAAAGAACAGCCCGAACUUGAAGUCCAGUAUCAGGGCAAAUGCAAAAAGACUUGUAGGGAUGUUUUAUGCCCCGGCAGCUCCACCUGUGUGGUUGACCAAACUAACAAUGCCUACUGUGUGACAUGUAAUCGAAUUUGCCCAGAGCCUACCUCCCCUGAACAGUAUCUCUGCGGGAAUGACGGCAUCACUUACGCCAGCGCCUGCCACCUGAGGAAAGCUACUUGCCUGCUGGGCAGAUCCAUUGGAUUAGCCUACGAAGGAAAAUGCAUCAAAGCCAAAUCCUGUGAAGACAUUCAGUGCAGUGCUGGGAAGAAGUGCUUGUGGGAUUUUAAGGUUGGCAGAGGUCGGUGCGCCCUCUGCGAUGAGCUAUGCCCUGAAAGCAAGUCAGACGAGGCAGUCUGUGCCAGCGAUAACACCACUUACCCAAGUGAGUGUGCCAUGAAAGAGGCAGCCUGCUCCAUGGGUGUGCUUCUAGAAGUAAAGCACUCUGGAUCUUGCAACUCCAUUAAUGAAGACCCAGAGGACGAAGACGAAGAUGAAGACCAGGACUACAGCUUUCCUAUAUCUUCCAUUCUAGAGUGGUAAAAGCUCCAUCACUUAUUGGAACAGCCAUUGGGCACGAAAUCAAUGUCCAUACUGUACAUAAGUGUAUGCCUAUUUAUUUUGGGGAGAAAAAAAAAGUAUACAUAUAGUUGAGUCUCGUAGACAUUUAUUUAUACUGUGUCAUGUUUUAUAAUUUAUACAUAAAAUGUCUGGUUGACUGUACACCUUGUUUUUUGAAGAAAUUUAUUCGUUACGGGAAGAGCAGUGUUAUUUAUUGUGAGGUCUCUUGCUUGUAAAGUAAAGCUUUUCUUUUUUCUUGCAAACUAUAAAAGUCCAUUCCUUAGAGCUUACCCACAUGAUCUCAGCUCUUUGUUUCACUGAUGUUAACUCUUUUCCACUUUAACGAACUUGCAUGUUGGUUUCUGUUAUGUUUAUUUAUUGGAUUUUCUUCUUGCCGGUUCUGUAUGUAAAAGAUCCUCGGGUUUUUGUUUACAAGGAAUCUUGACUGACCAAAAGGCGUUGUAACUGAUUUAAGUAUACUUCCAGGGUGCAGUGAGGCAAUCUUUAAGGAAACUUCUUCCACUUCACUUUUCUCUGCUUCUGAUCACAUCAUGUACUGAAGUGAUCUCAAUGUUCUGAGCGUUUAUACUGUACUAUACGAAUUCCAGACCCAAAGAAAUCGGAUUAUGAAGGUUGUUAACUACAGGGCUAACUGUAAUAAGAAUAAAGGUUUUAUUUUAUUUUUAUCGUUUGGGGGUUUUCUUGUUACAUGCAUAACUGUUUUAUCAGGUGUUUCCUUUAAGAUGGUCUUGCAGUACCACUUUCAAAGUUUUCUUUCCCAAUCAGUGUGUCACUAAAAGUUAUAUCAAAGCUUUAUCAGUUCAAGUUUCUUGCUUUUCAUAAUACUUUUUUUCUGAUGCAAUUUUAUAUUUUCAAACAUGGCGAGUUAAAUAUAAAUUCAUUUAAAUAUAUAGUUUUGUACUUUUCUACCAUGUAAAUGUGCAAUGUAUAUAAAAGUUAUAAUGUGUAUUUGUAAAUAAAUGAUGAGUGAAAAAAAAAAUAAAAUGGAAUUUUCC